UUUCUUUCUCAUUGCUACAAAAGAAACCAAAAAAAAAAAAUAUAACAUUUUUUAUAGGACUGUAGAAAUUUUACAUAAAAUCAUGAUGUCGGUAAAAUUAAAGCUUCCUGAUCAAUGUUGAUUAUGAUGAAUACAGAUAUUUUCAAACUUUUGUCAAACGGUCAUACAAGACAAAAUAAGAUUGUUUGUUUUUCAAAAUAUAUAGUACAUAUUCCUGGAACUGUCAUUAUCUUCUCCUCAAUAUAUAUAAUGAAGGUAUAAAUACCAUGCAUUCGCGUUCUGAAAAAUGCAUUUUGAAUUCGAAGCGAAAUGAAUUUGCUAUUUAUGAUAUGCUUAAUUGGCUUGGCGUUUACGCUAGCGAGCUGUCGACGACAUGAAGAAGAAUUGUACGAGGGAAGCGGUGGAGGAUCUUACGAAGAAGGUGUGUUUGGCGGAACAAAUGAAAGACCAAACAAUUUUGAUAGGUGGCCAAAUCAGAAUAAUUGGCAUUACGCGGGAGGUUGGCAACAGCCAGGAGGUUGGCAAAGACCGGGAGGUUGGCAACGACCGGGUGGAUGGCAACGACCCGGAGGUUGGCAACAACCGGGACCCUGGCAAAGACCAAAUCCUGGCUGGAACAAUCCCGGCCCAUGGCGGUAUCCAGGAGAUUGGAACAAUCAUGGAUAUCCCGGCAGCUACUAUCCAUCCGGUGGAUCUACAGAAGGUGGUAGACCGGAUCCUGGUAAAGGUGUUCCACCUCCCGAAAGUGGAGGCAGUGGUGGUAAAAAUUCAGAUACCGAAAGCAACGAUAGUCAAGGAACAAAAAUUGGGAGCAAAUACGAAAUCGUUGAUUUGAGGGCGUCUCCAUAUUAUUAUGGAUAAGAUAAAUUCAUAUGUUAAUCACUUUUUUUUAUUUAAUAAAGCAGAA